GGACAGUGUUGUAAUUAGCCCCUUCCAUGCAUCGGAAGUAAAGUUCAGGUAUGGAAAUUGGAAACGCGCCUUUGAUCCUUUCUCGUAGUCAAAAGGAAUGUUUUUGGGAUUGCAGUAAACACAGUAACAGAUAAAAGAAUAAGAAAAUAUAAAUAAAAAUGGGCUGAAAAGGAAGAGACAUGUAUGGUCAGGUGGGCAUAAAGAAUUUGGAACUGCAUGUCUUGCACACAUGAAUGAUGAAGGGUAUCUUUCUAGCUAUCAAUUUUAUCAAUCUUAUUUCAUAAUUCAUAUAUGAAAGAAACAAACACAGAAACAGAAACCCAGAAGAAGAAGAUGAUGACGAUGAUGAUGAAUGAUUCACACCUCACAACACAGCUCCUGAGUGCCCAUUACGGCACAGCCUGUGAGAUUUCCUUGACAUGUUCUCUGAAGAAAGCGACAAGUUUGAGAUAAGUCCAAGCACCCCAUGUGGGUUCCUCCUCCCUUUUCAUCAACUUUCUUUCUCUCCUCAUUCACUUUGCUCUUUAGUUUACCCUCUCUUCAUUUCUCCCCUUCUUCCUCUUCUUCUUCUUCUUCUUCUCAUUCUCAUUCUCACUUCAAACCCACUUUUCUGGAAAAAACAAUCUUCCCUUGUGAGUCUGGUUUUCAGCAUGUGGGAAUCAGAGAGUGAGUCUGCUGCUGGGAGGGAAUAUGGGACUGGACUUCUCACUUCAACCAAGCACAGUGUCAAGACUGAGGGAUUUCAGCAAAGAGGCAACUCUUGGUAUGUUUCAGCUGAUAUUCCAAGUGAUCUUCUGGUUCAAAUUGGAGAAGCAAACUUCCAUUUGCACAAGUAUCCUUUGCUGUCUCGAAGUGGAAAGCUGAACAGAAUCAUAUACGAUUCUCGCGACCCUGAUUUGAAUAAGAUAGUUAUGGACGAUCUUCCUGGAGGGCCUGAAUCUUUUGAACUUGCGGCCAAGUUUUGCUAUGGAAUUGCGAUUGAUUUAACAGCAGGCAAUAUCUCUGGUCUGAGAUGCAGUGCAGAGUACCUUGAAAUGACAGAGGACUUAGAAGAAGGCAAUCUUAUAUUCAAGACAGAAGCUUUCCUUAGCUAUGUGGUUUUGUCUUCAUGGAGAGAUUCUAUAGUAGUGUUGAAAAGCUGUGAGAAGCUGUCGCCAUGGGCAGAGAAUCUACAAAUUGUGAGAAGAUGCAGUGAGUCCAUAGCAUGGAAAGCCUGUGCCAAUCCAAAGGGGAUAAGGUGGUCAUACACUGGAAGAAGGGCAUCACAAGUUUCCAGCCCAAAAUGGAAUGACAUGAAGGACUCAAGUCCUAGUAGGAAUCAGCAGGUUCCCCCUGAUUGGUGGUUUGAGGAUGUUUCAAUCCUUAGGAUCGAUCACUUUGUAAGAGUCAUUACUGCUAUUAAGGUAAAAGGCAUGAGGUAUGAGUUGAUUGGUGCUGGAAUAAUGCACUAUGCAACUAAGUGGCUACCUGGUUUGGUGAAUGACACAACAAUCCCUCCAGAUGAAGGAAGCAACAGUAGUAACAGUAACAGUAGUUCUAGUAGUGGUGGCGGUUGUGGCUGGAAAAGUGGACUUCAAAUGGUUGUGUCUACUAGACCUAGAGAUGACACUUCAACCCUUCAAGCUAAAGAUCAAAGGAUGAUCAUUGAAAGCCUCAUCAGCAUAAUUCCCCCACAGAAGGACAGUGUCUCAUGCAACUUCCUGCUUAGACUACUGAGAAUGGCAAACAUGUUAAAGGUUGCACUUGCAUUAAUCACUGAAUUGGAGAAAAGGGUGGGAAUGCAAUUUGAGCAAGCUACACUGGCUGAUCUUCUAAUCCCAUGUUAUAACAAAAAUGACACAGUUUAUGAUGUAGAUCUUGUUCAGAGGCUGCUAGAGCAUUUUCUUGUUCAAGAGCAGACUGAAAGUUCAAGCCCAAGCAGACCACCCUUUCCUGAUAAGCAUGCCACCAGUAACAUCAAUGCCAAGACAAGAGUGGCAAGACUUGUUGAUAGUUAUCUUACUGAGGUUUCCAGAGAUAGAAACCUUUCCCUCACAAAGUUUCAGGUUCUUGCAGAAGCUUUGCCCGAGUCAGCUAGGACCUCUGACGAUGGACUCUACAGAGCAAUUGAUUCAUAUCUUAAGGCACAUCCAACUCUAACUGAGCAUGAAAGAAAGCGGCUAUGCCGUGUAAUGGAUUGUCAGAAACUCUCCAUUGAUGCUUGCAUGCAUGCUGCACAAAAUGAAAGGCUUCCAUUGAGGGUAGUGGUUCAAGUUCUGUUCUCUGAACAAGUGAAGAUAAGUAAUGCACUAUCCAACAGUUCUCUGAAAGAAGGUGUUGAGUCUCACUACCAGCCAAUGGUUCCAAAUCGGAAAACACUUUUAGAAGGGACACCACAAUCAUUCCAAGAAGGGUGGGCAGCAGCUAAGAAAGACAUCAACACACUCAAGUUUGAGCUUGAGACUGUGAAAACCAAGUACUUGGAGCUUCAAAAUGACAUGGAAAAUCUGCAGAAACAGUUUGAUAAGCUUCUAAAGCAGAAGCAUACAUCAGCAUGGACCACUGGGUGGAAGAAACUAAGCAAACUUACAAAAAUGACCAAUGUGGAAAAUCAUGAUAUUUCACCUCAGCUUCAAACUUCAGAAGAACAGAACAGAAAGACAACAACUAGAAAGUGGAGAAACUCAAUAUCCUGAGAGAUAAGAAACUCUCAAUGCAUCGGAUUGGAACUUAUACCUCCCAUGUUUCAGUUUGUGUUCCAGACUUUAUUCCUUUUUUUUUUUUUACCAUAUUUCAUUCCUUCUUUCUUUCUUUUAGACAGCAAGAAUUUGUGGUUUCUCUUCGUUUAA